GGCUGUGAACCAGGUGGUGCAGUACAUCCCAAAGUUGGAUGAUUGGGCCAAUGCGGUGCGAUUGCUACCCCACACAACGAGGCAGCAAUGCUUCACUGAACCCUUCAACGAACUCCUGCUGUCUUGUGGCCGGGCUCAUGCUGUGAAGGUCACCUUCCGAGUACUUGAGUGGAUGGAGGCGCUAGCCAUCCCAAAGGACUCCUUCACAUAUGAGGCAAUAGGAGUGAAUGUGGUGAAGCGCAUCACGCGCCUGCAGAAGGUUUGGGAUUUGCCCCAAGCACCAGAAGACAAUGUGUGCCCAGAGGUGGUCUUUGCGGGUCGAAGCAACGUUGGCAAGUCUUCAUUGGUUAACAUGUUGUUGAACCGUUCAGCCAUUGCUCCUACCUCCUCAAGGCCUGGUCGAACGAAGACCAUGGACUUCUUUGAUGUGAACAAUGGCCACCCAGAACCUUGUUCCGCCAAGAGAGAUGCCGACCCGGUCGCCAAGUUCUGUGGUCAUGGUCCUCAGGUCUGUCCGCGAGACUAGAGAAUGUCUUACGCACCGGCACAUGCCGGGGUGUGGAGCUCUCAAUCAGACCCUCAGCCCUCAGCCGCUCACAUUCUUCGAUAAAUUUGCACAUUGGGAGAGUCCCAUUCAUGGGAGGGUCAGGUGAUUUGUUGUUUUGUUUUUGGCAACUGAAAUGCAACCCGCAACAGAAACUGGACCAAACAGGUUGAUGCCAUGAGUUGACAUACACCAUGAAUGUAGGGAAGCCAAAGUCACAGGAGGUAAAGUGCAAAUGGGUACCUUCCUUGGCGAGGCCAUCGCUAGUAGAGUUUUCAAUUGUCUGACCAGGUCAGUUGUGCCCCGGGUACUUUGGUGCUCCUUGGUGCCUUAGCUCCGGCCUCUCUGGUGUUCGGAGCUCAUCUAAGGCCUUGCCACGGUUCCGGCUGGUGGAUGUCCCCGGGUUGGGCUUUGCGCGAGUCUCCCACGAGCUGCGGGAGCGGUGGAUCUCGCUCAUCGGAGGCUACUUUGUCCAGAGGCAGUCUUUGAAGAUCGUUUUCCACCUGCUGGAUGCUGGCCUGUGUGAAAUGAUGCCCGCCGAUCGGGAACUCUGGAGACUCUUAGCACAGGCCAAACGGUCAGACUACGAGCUUUGUAUUGUUCUGACGAAGGCAGACAACAGCGUACCGUCCCAGCUGGAACGCUUUGCUGGCAUUGUGCGAGAUGCGCUGCGACGAGAGGGUUCGG